AUGGAUACAAGAUAUGCUCAUGGUGCCUUCAUACUCCCUGAAGAUCUAGCAUAUUUGCAGCAUAUGAUGUCAAAGGUUCAGAAGACCGAGAGCAUCCCUCUCCCCAACCUGAGAGACCGCAGCACCCUCUCCCAACGCAGAGACCGAGCAGCACCUCUCUCCCCAACCGCAGAGACCGAGCAGCAUCCUCUAACUCCCCAACCUGGACCCCCAACUCCAGACCCCCACCUGCAGAGACCGAAGCAGCCUCCUCCCCCAACUGGAGAGCAGCAGCAUCCCUCUCCCCAACCUGCAGAACCGGCAACCUCUCCCCAACCUGCAGGACCAGCAGCAUCCUCUCUCCUCCCACCUGCAGAGACCGAGCCUCCUCUCCCCAACCUGCAGACCGAAGCAGCAUCCCCUCCCCCAACCUGCAGAGACCGAGCAGCAUCCUCUCCCAGCAACGCAGCAUGCCUCACCCCACCUGCGACCGAGCAGAACCCUCUCCAGAGACCCAAUCUCCUCCCAGCACACCCCAACUGGAGAGAACCACAUCACCCUCUCCCCAACCUGAGAGACCGAGCAGCCUCUCUCCCCAACUGGAGAGACACAGCCAUCCUCUCUCCCCAACCUGCGACCGAGCAGCAUCUCUCUCCCAACCUGCAGCCCGGAGCAGCUCCUCUCCCCAACCGCAGACCGAGCAGCCCUCUUCCCCAACCUGCAGAGACCGAGGCAUCCUCUCUCCCAACCUGA